AUGGCAUCAACCGAGACCUGGCAGCUUUCCCAGGUAGUAUCCAAGCUCAGCCUAGGUACUAACAACUACAAUAUCUGGGUCAGUAGAUUGGAACAAGGCAUAUCCAAUAUAAACCCAGAGUACUGGUCAAUACUCGCAGGAGAUAUUGAGUAUCCAGCUGAGCCCAAUUACAUCUACUACACCACCGAGGAAUCCUAUUUCGCCGUUGCCAUGACAGAAUAUAUGGAGGUCGGAUUUGCAACGGAACUUCACACCAUCAGACAGAAGGUGGAACAAUUUAUCUCCAUCAACCGUGACCACAACAAGUGUCUCCUCGCACAAUACGAAGCUCGACUCAGAAAAUUCGAAGAGUUAAACCAGAAGGCUCGGAUGCUCCUUGAGUCAACUCUUGAAAUGGCACCAACUGCCAUGAUCUCCUGCAUUUUUGGGGCACGCUCUGCCUUCCUAGUGCUGGAUCGUUGCAAGAUGCGAGGGUUCUGA